AUGACGGAACAGCAAGACAAACCAUUCACAAUGGAAGAAGAACAAGAACAACCGUUACGGAGGCGCCGGUGGUAUUCGAAUCGUAGUAUACUCAGUAGCAAAACAUUCUUUACCACCACGCUACUGAUUCUGGUAUUGGGUACAACUGCUAUUGUGUAUAUGUCUUAUAAAAUAAACAAAAUUGAGAAUGCAAUCGAUAUUAAAAACCAAGAAAUAGAUUUCGAUACACCGGAUAUAGAUUCCGACAGCGAUGAUGUUGCCGAUGAUAUUCGCACCAAAUCUCGUUCAUCCUAUGAUUCAGAAUAUCAGCGUGCUAAAUCACCAUACAUAUACAAUCAUCAAACAUCAACAUAUGAAAAAAAUCCAUACUAUCGUCAUCGACCUUACCGACCUCGUCAUGUCUUUACUUCAACUGGUUCCAUCAAAGUUGGAAUUCUUCAUUCGAAAACUGGUACAAUUGCAAUAUCAGAAAGUAUAUUAAUCGAUCUUUUGUUAUUAUUAAUUAAACAACAAAAUCAAAAAGGUGGUUUACUGGGUAAAAAAUUGAAACCUGUUGUUGUUGAUCCAGCUUCAAAUGAUACUUUAUUUGCUGAAUUAGCAGAGCAAUUGAUUGUUAAAAGAAAAGUAUCAGUUGUAUUUGGUUGUUGGACUUCAACAUCGAGAAUAGCAGUUCGACCUGUAUUUAAAAAGCACAAUUCUAUUUUAUUCUAUUCAACACAAUUUGAAGGGCAAGAAUCUGAUAGAAAUAUUUUCUAUACAGGUGCUUCACCAAAUCAACAAGCCAUUCAAGCAGUGGAUUAUUUGAUAGGGUUAGGUAUCCAACGAUGGGUAUUAGAAGGAACAGAUUACAGUUAUCCUCGAACGACAAAUGCGAUAUUGAAAGCGUACUUAAAACAAAAGGGUGUCUCUACGGCUGAUAUACGUGAAAAUUACACACCAUUCAGCUUCACAGAUUGGGCAGCUGAAGUUAAGCUGAUCAAAACAUUCGGAUCAACUGGUAAAAAAACAGCAAUUAUUUCAACUAUCAAUGGCGAUUCAAACGUAGCGUUUUAUACAGAACUCACCAAUCAAGGUAUUUCUUCAGCUAAUAUUCCAUUUAUGGCAUUUUCAGUUAGUGAAAAUGAAUUAACACAAAUCCCAGCUGAUACUCUAUCUGGAAUAGUUGGCAAUUAUGCAUCAUGGAAUUAUUUUCAAUCCAUUGACACACCAAUCAAUGAAGAAUUUAUCAAACAGUGGCAACAAUACACCGGUCAUGAUAAUGUUACAAAUGAUCCAAUGGAAGCAACUUAUAUUGCAUUUAAUAUGUGGAUAAAAGCUGUCACAGGAGCACAGACAACAGAUGCAGACACUGUUAUUGAUAGAAUGGUUGGUGUAGCUGUUCCCAAUCUUAGUGGUAAUUAUGCUUCAAUGUUAGCAAAUCACUAUAUUACAAAACCUGUAUACAUUGGAUCGAUUACAGACGACGGACAAUUUGAUGUUGUAUAUCAGACACCAGGCUUAGUGGCUGGAGAUGCUUGGAGUGAUUACUUAUCAUUUUCAGCACCUUUGAUUUCAGAUUGGCGUAAACCAUUAGCCUGUGGUGAAUUCAAUACAACCAAUCAUAAAUGUGAAGAUCCAUAA